AUGAAGUUCAACCCCUUCGUGACCUCGGACCAAAGCAAAAACCACAAACACCACUUCAAUGCCCCCUCGCACGUUCCCAGGAAGAUCAUGUCUUCCCCGCUUUCCAAGGAGCUGUGGCAGAAGUACAAUGUCCGCUCCAUGCCCAUCCGCAAGGAUGACGAGGUCCAGGUGGUUCGAGGACAUUACAAAGGUCAGCAAAUUGGCAAGGUAGUCCAGGUGUAUACAAAGAAAUACGUCAUCUACAUUGAGCGGGUGCAGCGUGAGAAGGCUAAUGGCACAACCGUCCAUGUGGGCAUCCACCCAAGCAAGGUAGUUAUCGCCAGGCUAAAAUUGGAUAAAGAUAGGAAAAAAAUCCUUGAACGCAAAGCCAAGUCUCAGCAAGUUGGAAAAGAGAAAGGCAAAUACAAGGAAGAGCUCAUUGAGAAGAGGCAGGAGUGAGGGCAGCCUUCGUGCAACCACGGUUCAACUGGAAAUGUCUGGUGUGUGCUUCUCUGGGACUU